AUGGAUGCUCUCGAGAACGGUGUAAGCCAGCUCCCCGCACUAGAGGGUCGUUUUACGCAAGUCUCCAAUAUCUCGUACGGUUUCAAGCUUGAUGCACCUCCAGGCGCACGCAUCACAUUCGCUCGGGUUGGUGGUGAGCCUAUUGACUUUGACCGAGACUACGUACUAGCCACGCGGGGCUACAUGGCUCGUGGCAAAGAUGGGUUUUCGUCUUUGCUAGUUCAAUCCGAGGGCGGCAAAGCUGAAGAACUUGUGCAUGAGGAGAAUGGAGUUCUCAUUAGUACAAUAUUACGCCAGUAUUUCAUGAGCUUGAAGGUUCUUGGAAAAUGGCGACGUUGGUCUGCGAGUCUCCAUCGACACUGGGACUCUGUGCACCGCAAUCUGCACAACGAGGGCUGGCUCAAGCCGCCGUCUGCCGCCGCUUCCCCUGUUUCUGAAAAAGCAGCGGGGAAUUCACUGAAGCCCCGUCCGAGCUUGCAGCGAACGGGCCGGCAAGCUUACUAUUACGGCCGCUUCCCUCAGGAACUCGAUCGGGGAUCCACAACCUCGUCUGCUAAUGGAACAAACAGCGAUGAAAUGGACUCUGACUCUGAUGACGACCCAGAAAUUCUUACGUCCCCUCGAUCAACAACAAACUAUGUCACUCUUCCCGCCCGGUCCACGGCGGAGGAGGAGCACCGCCUACAACUCGCACGACGCGUUGUCCGAAAAUGGAUGCGCCACACUGGUCUACAUCCCACAACUUUGGACACGAUGGAUGGCGAGGGCGAGUUCACACCUGCCUGGACUUCUGGAAUCUCUCCCAGACUCGAAGGCCGCAUAGUCGUGGAAUAG